ACUACAAUUCAAUCUGCAUUCCUCUUCUACAAUUCUCUUCAAAAUUCUUCAAUUUUAACCUCUAAAUCCUUCAUUUUACAAAAUUCCUUGAAACCCCUUUGGCCUCUUAUCAAAAGAUCUAUUUUUCUAGUCCGAUCAUACGGUUUUUUGUCGUAAAGAUUCAAUUUUUUCUUGAAAAUUAUGGAGGUUUCAGUGAUGGGAAGUUCUCAGGUAAAUUUGGGUAGGAAUGAUUUGGGAUGUAAAGAAGUUGGGUAUUGUAGUUUUACCAAGAAUUUGAAAUCAAAGUCAAAAUUAUGUGUUGGCCAAAGUAUAAAAUGGCCUGUAAAAUCUUUGAAUGGGUUAAGUUUGAAAGCAUCUGGUUGUUCACAAGUUGAACCAGUGAUAUUAGAGAAUGCUUCUGCUAACAGAAAAUCUAAGCUGACUGAUGGCGUGAAACUAUUUGUUGGGUUGCCACUUGAUGCUGUUUCAAGUACUAAUACGGUAAACCAUCCUAGAGCAAUUGCAGCUGGAUUAAAAGCGUUGAAGUUACUCGGUGUAGAUGGCAUAGAACUCCCAAUCUGGUGGGGAGUAGUUGAGAAGGAAGCCAUGGGGGAAUAUAACUGGACAGGCUACCUUGCACUUGCUGAAGUGAUCCAGAAUUUGGGUCUUAAGCUUCAUGUGUCACUUUGCUUUCAUGCAUCAGGGGAACCGAAAAUCCCACUCCCUGAAUGGGUUUCUCGGAUUGGUGAAUCUGACCCUAGUAUAUUCUUUAAAGACCGAUCAGGACAACACUACAAAGAUUGUCUUUCAUUCGCUGUUACUGAUGUUCCUGUCCUUGACGGAAAGACUCCAGUUCAAGUUUACAAAGAGUUUUGUGAGAGCUUCAAGGCUGCAUUUUCCCCGUUCAUGGGCUCCACAAUCACGGGCAUUUCCUUUGGUCUAGGACCAGAAGGCGAGCUUCGCUAUCCUUCUCAUCACGAUCCGUCCAAAAUGAACAAUCAUCAGGGAGCUGGUGAAUUCCAGUGUUAUGAUAAAUACAUGUUGAAUUCUCUCAAACAGUAUGCUGAAAGCAAUGGGAAUCCUCUGUGGGGAUUGGGUGGUCCGCACAAUGCCCCUGGUUAUGAUCAACCACCCAUGACAAGCAACUUCUUCAAGGAGAACGGAGGAUCUUGGGAGACAACUUAUGGUGACUUUUUCCUUUCUUGGUACUCGGAGCAACUUAUUUCACAUGGAAGCCGGCUUCUUUCUCUAGCCUCUGAAAUUUUCCAUGAUGUUCCAAUCUCCGUUUGUGGCAAAGUUCCCCUUGUGUACUCUUGGUAUAGAACCCGAUCCCACCCUGGCGAGCUGACAACCGGUUUCUAUAACACAGUCAACAGAGAUGGUUAUGCAGAAAUGGUUGAGAGGUUCGCAAAGCAUUCAUGCCAAAUUAUCUUGCCUGGGAUGGAUCUCUCAGACAAUCACCAGCCAAACGAAUCUCUCUCGAGCCCAGAGUUGUUGCUUGCUCAAAUUACAUCAUCUUGCAGAAAGCAUGGAGUAGAAAUCUUGGGCCAAAACUCAAUGGUUGCAAAUGCAUCAAAUUGUUUCGAACAAAUAAAGAAGAAUUUGUCAGGUGACAAAGGAAUGAGCUUGUUUACAUAUCAAAGAAUGGGUGCUGAUUUCUUUUCUCCUGAACAUUUCCCUUCAUUCACUCAAUUCGUUCGGAACCUUAAUCAACCAGAACUGGAUUCAGACGAUCAACCGAUGAAACAAGAAGAAUGUGCUGAAUCUCUUACGAGUAAUCAACUCCAGACGCAAGCAGCUUAGAUUCAGAUUCUAUGUACAUAUUAGACAUCAUCUUAGAAACUGUAACGCUAGUAAGUAGUAGUACGCAUUACAUAGUGAAGAUUUGAUUGUAGCUGAAAGUUGCAAUCAUUCGGUUUGUCUGUUAUAUAUUUAUAUUGGUAUAUUAUGAGAAAGUUCUUUGGUUUGAA